CCUCCCCGCAGAGCGGUGCGUUUGGUACAGCGGGCAGCCAUCACCACCCUGACCGUCACCCGAGCUGUGUGUUCUGCCGUUCGGAAAGAGUGUACAGACAGUGCCCGCCACUGCCACCCAGAGCGGCUCCGCCCGCGGACCCUCUGCCCGCCGCCUGUACCCGAUUCGGUUGCUGGGCUGGCUUCUCCCGCUCACCGAGGCGCGGCGGGGGCGCGGCGGGGUCUGGGCGUGGCCGGCUGGGGGCGUGGCCGAGGCCCCCUAAAAUCCCCGCGCGCCCUCCGGCUCUGGGGGCCAUGCGGACGAGGGGCGCGCAGCUGACUCUGUGUGGCGUCGCUCUGCUGUGCGCCCUCGGCCUGGGCCAGAGCUCCUCGGGGGCCCCGCUCUGCGGCCCCGGCCUCCUCCUGCUCGGGACGGGCACGGAUGCGCGCUGCUGCCGCUCGUGCGCCUCGGCCGAAGUCUGUCCUGAGCAGAGCUGCGUGUGUGUGCGACCCGAGUACCACUGUGGAGACCCACAGUGCCAGGUCUGCAAACACCACCCAUGCCCACCUGGCCAGGGGGUUCGGCCUCAAGGGAAGUUCAGUUUCGGCUUCGAGUGUGUGGACUGUGCCACAGGGACCUUCUCUGAGGGCCGCGAAGGCCGCUGCAAACCUUGGGCAGACUGCUCCCGCUUUGGGUUCCCCACCAUGUUCCCUGGGAACAGGACGCACAAUGCCGUGUGCAGCCCGGGGCUGACGCCCGCCGAGCCUCGCGGCCUGCUGGCCGUCGUGCUGCUCACCUUGGUGGCCUGCGUCCUGGUUCUGACCGCCACCCAGCUUGGCCUGCACAUCUGGCAGCUGAAGAGGCUGCAAGCAUGGCCUCCAGGUCAGUUGAGCCCUGGGGUGGGGGCGCCGGCCCCCAGCCUGCCUGCUUACUGCAGCCCUUCUGCAGAGGUCCAGCUGCUCCCGGAGGCACCGCCAGCGGCCGAGGACGCCUGCAGCUGCCAGUUCCCUGAGGAAGAGCAUGGGGAGCGGCUGUCAGAGGACAAGGGCCGGCGGGGGCACCUGUGGGCGUGAGGCCUGGCGGUCCCCUGCCAGACGGCCGAGGCAGACCCUCCUGGGAGCUCCUGCAGCGCCUACCUUUGGGAGCAAGGGCUCAGCGCCCUGCUGUGGGGCCCCACCUCUGGGCCCGGCCCUGCUUCCCUCAAUGGUGGAAGUGGGUGGGGGGCGGUGACAGUGAUGGGCCCCCCAGAAAAGAAGGAGAGGCGGCAGCUGUGGCCGCACCCAGUGGGAGGCAGACACGACUGCGGCCGCCUCCCUCCCUCGCGGGCCUGUGGGGUGAGGUCUGUGGGCCCUGGACCCCAGAGCAGGAGCCGCGCCCGGGGUGCGCUGAGUCUAGCACAGGACUGGCUGCGGGCGGCACUCAAUAAACACUUGUCUCUGAGCCGAGUAGAUGCGUGCUGGGGGACAGGGAGGUGAGACGCGGACUCCGGGGCCUCCCCCUCUCCAGGGCCCACAGCCUGUCCUGCCCUGGGUGGGAGUGGGCAGCACAGAAAUCAGGGCCAGUCCAGCCCAGUCCUGAACAAGUGCUCAGCAGACACCACAGGGCUUGGAAGGUGUCCUGGACGAGGGGCACCGUGCUGGACCCCUGCCCCCUGUGCCCCUGUGCUGCCCUACGCAGCCCCCUGCCCCUGGAAGUCUGCGGGGCACACACUGGGACA